UAGGUAUAAAUCGUGUUUACAGUUUACACCUUGCAUUCACCCAACCACGCCAACCUGUAAGGUCUAUGGAUUUUUUCUCAUUUUUGAAUUUUUACGGUAUCAUCCGUUCGCUCGUAAAUUACGCUGAAAAGAGAAUCUGAUAACGACGAUAGUUAGAUUUCAAAAUUUCAAAUUUUCUUACCGUGCAACUGGCGUACUUUAUAUAUCUUAAAUUAUUGUUAUUAUUUAUUUUAUUUUGUUCUACAGUCUUAGCAAUUAAGUACUUAAUAAUUGCCGAUUCGUCUUGUCGGAAAAUGUACAAUGUUACUCCAUAUAAAUGAUUAUAUUUAUGAUUUAUACCUGUUAGCUGCGAGUUGAGAUCUCUAGUCCAGAACACGUCGAUUUAAUAUAUCUAUUUCAAUCUUUCAGUUAAUUAUUAUAAUUUAAUAUUUAUAAUUACUUGAUCCGUUGAAAUCUCUGCAACUGUGUAUUUCGAUCUCAUGAUUGCUUGUUUUAUGUGUCUUCAUAUCUACUAAUCCUGUACAUUUUUAUUAUUUUAAUAGGUAGGUAGUGAGUUACCAGUUUGUAAUUGACUAUACUAUUAUUAUAGGUACGAUUAUUAUACUUUUUGAUACUUGACUAUGGAUGAUUUCUUGCGACUGGUGACUUCGGAUUUUGAACGUAUAGCGACUAGCACUGGGUUUCGAUUCAACCAAUACAGUGGAUCAGUGGACUGGGAAUAUUUAGAAGAAUUUGUCAUUAAUGAUGUAGUUGAAAAAGCUGAUGUAAAGACUCUGUCAAUGCUUGUAGCCAGUGUUCUUAGUUACAAUAUUGAGAAAAUGAGUGCGUCUAAGAAAAUAUUUCGUCUUUCACAAUUGAUCAUAGACUUUUUAUUGCAUUAUAAAAAGCAUUCAACUUUUAAGAUCAAUGAUAAAGUAGAUUCAAUGGCACUUUGUGAGUUGUGUGGAAAGAUGUUUAUGGAUGUUUCUUAUUUAAAAUAUCAUUGUUUCCGUCGACAUAAACUUAACUCUUGCACUUUUACAAGUUCACCAGAAAAUGAGAAUGUUGAUAGUUUAAAAUCAGAGAUUUUUCAACUUCAAACUCAAUUGAAAGAGAUUACAUCAACUUUUGAGAAUAAAUUAAAAAAUUCUAAAAUGUACAUAGAUGAACAUGACCUAGAUAACUGUAAUUCUGUUCAUAAAAAUAAAUUAUUAUAUCAUUUAAUACCUCAACCAGGUGAUAACCCUAUGCAGAUACAAGAAAUGUAUUGGAAACAAAAAUAUGAAAAUUUAGAAGAAAAUUAUAAUACUCUUAAAAAUGAAUAUGAAGUAAAUCAAAAUUCUUCAAAAUCUAAAACUAUUUUACAUCAUAAAUACCAACAAUGUGAUUUGUAUGAGUCUGAAAAUUCAUCAAAAUGUGUGCAGACAAAUCUUUUAAUUGAAAAUUCAACUCCUGUGUGCUCUCCAAAACGACCACCUCGGACAAUUGAUGCAACACCUAUGAAUGAAUAUAAAAGAAUAUGUAGUAUGGAUAUUUCAGACAUAGAUCAGACAAAUACAGAUUGUUAUCAACGUAACACUGAUUUAAGUUCAGACAGAGAUUUUUAUGAGUUAAAGAAACUAAGACUGGAAGCGCGUAUGAAUAUUAAUGAUAACAAUGUUUGUGAAAAUUUGUCAGAACCUUUAUUGUCUUCUGACUAUGUAGACAGUUUAAAAAUUGUAUUGAUACUCGGUGAGGAUCGAGUAAAUGAAUUAUUUAAAAAUACCUCUUUAAUGGAUUUAAUAAAACUUGAUGUCAAAGAAUUAGUUAACAAAAGGCUGGAAGAGUGUUAUAGGUUUAUCGAUGAGAGUGUAGAACAGGAUAAUUGUUUACAUGAAAUGUGUGAAAAUCAAGAAUUUUCUGAAGUUACUAUUUGUGAAGAUAAUAAGAAAGAACAAUAUAUUGCUCCAGAAAUUGAUUGUAAUAAGACUUCAGUUAAAAAGGAUAAGACAGUCAUGUCAAAAUUAAAAAAGAAAGCAUUGCGCUUGAGCAAUAUAUUUUCUCCAAAUUCAAAAAAUAAAAAACUAGAAGUGCAAGCAUCUACUAAAGAAGAGCCUGAGAUUUUACAAUCAAAUGAACAACUUAAUAAGGAUAUUGGUAAUGCAAUACUUACAUAAUGAUAUAUAAGCAUUAUUAUCAUUGUAAAAAAAUAAUACAAAUAUGAAUCAAUAAAUUAUUUUUAAUUAUA